AUGGCCUCCCCUCCGAAGCGCAGAAACGGCGUGCUGCGCUCCGUCGCCCACCAGCCCAUGCGGCAGACGCGUUCCAUGGCUCGGAUUGCCGCGCCCACCGAAUCGGCCGCAGACUACUGGUCCAACCAGGCCGGCUCGCGCGGCCACCGCACAGCCGUCAGCACCACGGCCGAGAGGCACGAGGACCUCGAGCUGUCCGACGGUCUCUCGGACACUGAAACUGACCCCCGCAAACAAGCUCUGAAAAACUCUCUUCUCGGCAGGCAGGCUGCGCUCGAUGUCGACGAACGUCGUCAGGAAGCCGUGCGCCGUGCUCCCCCUCCGCAGACCUACGCUCCUCGUUCGCCGCAGAAGCUCGGCGCAGCCAGACAGGCAGCUACGUAUGAAUUCGGUCCGGACUCUCCGCGCAUCGCUCGCACGCAGCAGCCGAGGAUGGAGAGCCCGCGCAAGGGGCGGCUCGACGACUUUGAGUUUGAGCUGGAUCGUAGCCUGGUGGUCAACAACUCUCCAGCGAUCGACACGCGCGCCGCACAGUCGUCGCAUGACGCUCAGCGAGCCGAUCUCGGACUGCCGCGCUCUCGGGCAAGCCACAAUCUGGGCGACCAGCAUCCAAGGCAGACCUCGGCUGCCAUCGAUCGGCGAGUUGACCGAGUCGCGCCGGGCACGAGCAGGUCCCCUACGAAGCCUGUCCGGUCCGUUCGACCGACGAGCCCGACCAAGCCCCUCACCGUGCCAAACCCUUUCAAGGUGCACGGAACUGCUCGGAGCACCGACUUGAAAAACGCACAGCACGACUUGGCGAAGCGACCGCACUCUACCAUGUCCCCCUCGACGUCGAGCGAGUCGAUCAGGGCAACCGAUGAGCGCAGGGCUGGCACCGGCACCUCGACGUCCCGAUCCCACAUCUUCAAGAGUGCAAGAGCCCUGCAGCCUGAACAGAUGUCGGAGGCACAGACGUCAGACGGGGCCAUGAGACCCAGAGACGCCGCAGCGAGCAAGGCAGACAGGCAUGCGCAGGGCCGGAGCGAGGCGGCCAUGCAAUACCGCGAACAGGGCACGGCGCAGCCACCGGCCUCGCGCGUGUCGCCCUUGAAGGCUGCGGCAGCAAGCGGUCCGGACAUUUUCAAUCGGUCCCCGUCUCGCAGACCCAUUGAUCUGGCCAAGUUGAGGCCCUCUCCGGGCAAGGCCAGGCGCGGCAUGUUCCUGCACGAGGCUGAGACACAAGACGAGGCGGCGGGAGCGGCAGCGCGGGGCGAGGUCAAGCAGGAGGCGGCGGAUGAAGGCGAAGAUGAGGACGAGUAUGUCUUGACACCAGGCCCUCUGCCUACCAGUCACUCUCGCCGGCGGUUGGGAAACAGGCCCUCGACCGGCAGCGAUCCUUCUUCGGGCGGGUCGGCCGACUCUUCUGCCACCGUCAAGCCGACGACCUCACAGGUCGACGUCAAGCAGACGCUGUCCACCGAGACCUCAAAUGCCCUGGCCAGCCUCGAGGCGUCGCUCGCCAAGCUCAGCGCGCAUUCUCACCGCCGCACCGCCUCCGCCGUGCCCAAGCAGGAGCAGCGGGACGUCAAGGCGUCGCCUCCCAAGCGCACGCUCGGCGACAAUCGGCCAUGGGUCCUCUCGCCAAGCAAGGUGCAGAACGGCGCCUCGAGUCACGAGGUGCGCGCCAGUGCCGCCGUCGAUAGUGACAAGCAGCGGCGAGAGGUGGAGAGCGACGGCGUGUUCAAGAAGCCGUCGAGCUUCCUGUUGAAGUCGAGGACCAUGUCCCAAGCGCGCGGGGGUCAGUCGGAGAGUGACGCCGACAGCUCCCACAGCUUCGACUCGGCUCGGACCACGUCCAGCGCGAGGCACGCCGCGUCGCUGGUGUCCUCACAGACCGAGACGAGCCUGGCGCCGCAGGACGACAAGGCUGCAGCGGCCGAAGCCGAGGCGAAGCGCAAGGCUGCGCUCAAGGCUGCCCGCCGCCGAUCGAUGCAUUCGAUCAUCUCGUUUGGCGCGAACCAGUCGAUGGGCUCGCUCAAACGGGAGCCUUCGACGCAGGGUAGUGGGCUGACUGACUCGUCGUUCGCACUGGCCGCCGACGCUUCAGCCACCAGCGAUCCAAAGGCGGCAGAGGAGGCAAAGAAGGCGGCGAAAGCAGCCCGGCGACGCUCGAUGUACACGUACGUCCCUACCAAGCGCGAGGACGCUGGCGACGCCGGAGACAAGUCGGUGGGCAAUAUUUCCUCGGGCUUGAUCAUCGGCGGCGGCGGGGGUGCGGUCGAUGCGGACGUAUCUGCGCACAGCGGCAAGGCGGAUCGUGCAAGAGCCCGCUUCCUCCGCGGCCUGACGGUGUUGGUCGACGUGCGGGACCAGGAUGGCGAGGAUGCGUCGGCAUGCUGGGUCGAGAUGCUCAAGAACGCCGGCGCCAAGGUCCUCGUGCGCUUCGGUGAACGUCAGCUCACCCACAUCGUCUACAAGAGCGGCCGCCCGAGCACGCUGCAUUCGUACCGCGCGCUGCCGGAGCCAAAGCCGCUGAUUGUCGGGAUCAGCUGGGUCGUCAAGUGCCUUGAAGAAGGCCGCAGGGUCGACGAAGAGCCUUACAUUGUCGAAGUCGGGAAGGAGGCCAUCUUCCAGAAGCGACGGCGCUCGUCGAUGGCACCGCGCCAGGCCCCGGCAAAUUCGGCUCCGCGCAACCCGCGUGAGUGA